AAACAAGACCAUCUGCGAGACCUAGGUCGAUGCCUUCCUUCUCCGGAGCAACAGCUACAAUUGAUCACCAAAAUUUGAUUCCUGCCCUGAUCUCAGCACUCAAGGACCAUGAAACUAACAACAGGUCGGGUCCAAACUAUGUUGUGUGCAACCUUGACGACGUUUGUUUACCUUCGGCUGUACGAGCUCUGAACCCUGCUUCACCAGCGCACCGAAAAGCGAUCUUUUGCAUCACGGAAACAUUCAUGUGUUUACGCAAGACAAUAUUGGAUUUACAGUCUAUCAACAUCCUAUGGGUUGGACACUCAGUUGUUUGGCUUGUUGUUGCAUCCAGACAUACAAGCAAGCUGGAAGCGAGAAUUGCACAUGAAUUGCAAGCAUCACCCAUAUGCAGCCAAUUUACAAGGCAUGCAAGUUUACUUGUGUCCCCGGAGUCAUUAACACUCUGGGGAAUACCGUUUAGCAUAUUUGCACAAUUUCCUGGAGAUGUUGUCAAAACAGACCAUGGCGUUUAUUUCCAGAAAUGGAGUACUGGACCGAAUCUUCAGGAAAGCGUGAGCAGCUGCGAAGCAGAUUGGCUGCCGCCUCCUCUGCUCCCGACUUAUUGUAGCUCAUGCGCCUCUGAAGUUGAAUCUAAGAGAAAUCCUGAGAUCAGGGAACGUUGUCAUACAGACAUGGUGUUAUCAAUUGAGGGCAGCAACCAACCUGUGCCGGGGGUCUUCGGCUUUCCGGGUACAGAUGAAUUGCUUGACCACUGUGCGUACGUCGAAAGCGAACGCGCCGACUUGGCUCAGACAAACACCUUGGAGAUGCCAGGUAGCUUGAGCGACGGUACACAAUCGUCCGUGCUUGAUCAGCAAACAGGCCAAGAUCUUGUGGACGCCGCACUCAAUAUUCCCGAGAAUGUCUUCGCUUUCUAUGACGAAAUCAAUUUAGCACUACCACAGGUUGAUAUUUGUGGAAGUCAAUUAUGCGAACCGGACCAAACCUUGGAACACCUGAACGGAGACCUAAACGUCGUUUUGAAUGUGCUCGGAGACGAAGAGAGUGUUCAGUUACCCAGCCAGGAAGGCCUCACGACAGCAGUGCCUGCAUCUCCUCCAAUAUCGCUGGCAUCGACAGAAGCAGCAGCUAUAGGGACUCCAUUGCCCACCAUAAUGAGCGAAAUGGGACGACCCGUUCACGACCCGGGGCUAGAGAUGUUUAGAGGUGCGGAAAAUGGGAGCUUGUCUGGCAAUUUGGCCAAGGAGAUAGACGAGCUCAUCGCAUUGGGACUCAGAAACGUAGACAACCUGACCUGGUUUUCCAGGAACCGUGUGAGUAGCAAUGAUGUGCUCCUCUCUUUUAAACCGUCCACAUUACUCCACAGGGAUGCUGUGUCAGAAACAAUAUCCGCGUUAGCCGACGAUGGAGAUCAGAUUGUUCGGAUGGAGAUUCAGCAAUUUUACCAGGCAUUCAGUCAAAGACAAGUUAGAGAAUCGUCGAGUUGGGACGAUAUCGACUUCAUUGUGGUUCCGGUGCAUGAAGGCAACCGGUGUUUCCUGGUCAGCGCGGACGUGAAAAAUCGAUUGAUACGAAUUCAUGAUUUCAAGAGCCAUGAGGAGAUAGUCAGGCUCCUCACUGAGACCGACAACCAAUGGCCCUUUGAGCACAAGGCAUUGCAAGAGGUUUCCGACAACGACAGUGGCAUUGUAGUCUUGCGGGAAGUGGAAUCACUAGUCGAGCCUGGCCUUUCUAUCCGAUCCGACAUUGAAGCUCUGCGAAAGAGAUAUCUUCUCUGUCUUUUGACAAAGAUUCUACCACGAGACCAACACUUCCUGACGCCCAUGGAUCCUCAGACUAGUGUCAUGUCACAGUCAUUUGUCAACACACAGUACCCCUAUUCUCCCGACUUCCAACAAUAUCUAGCGUCUGCUAUUGGUUGUGAGGCAGUCCUACAAGAUUUGUCUAGCAUGGUGACAUCAUUCCUGGAAGAUCCACCGAACAUGAGGCAGGAGCUUGGCAGUAUGGUCAGGAUGUAUGAUCGUGGAGACGCCAACUCUUUCCUCGCAACCUUCCAGAAAGAUUUUUCCUCGUUGUUUGUCGCUCGUCGGUUUCACUCGCUCGUUGCCACGUUGCAAGCCGAAAAGAAGGAGCAACACAGGAUCACUGAUGCGAGGCGUAAAGUAGAGCUGCGACGGAAGCUCAGAGACGGUGCAAAUUUGAUGAGCAAUUCUGGCAUUAAGUCCAUAGCUACAGGUAAGAAAGGCGAAAAUGCUGCUACGGUGGCAUACAAUCGAAUGAUACAGGAAUGCGGCCCCCCCAGUCAAUCAAUGCGAGAAGGUUCAUCUGGUCAGCUGAAAGCAGAUACGAAAAGACGAUUGAAAGAGAUCAAGUACCGAGGAGACAUUCUACUUCGAUACGACCAUGCCACUGGACCAAAUCAUCCUCUUUGGACACUCUUCCCGAUGAGAGCCAUCCAAUGUCCAGCCGCGCCCGAAAUUCUUAUAGAUCCAAUCAUGUACCGACGAUUGAAAGAACCUGAUAUCAAGGUGUUGGUCGAUUUAUUCCGCUUAACAAAGCCGAAACUUUGGGAUUAUCUCCCAAGAUUUCAAUGUGAACUGAUCAAAUUGUUGAGCAACGACAUUGCAGAAGUGACAGUUCUUCAGGAGAUGCAGCAGAUACUGUCCACAUCUUUCGAGCCAUCCUAUCAAUAGCAUCGGAAAAGAGACAGGACCGGCGAUGUCCAGUCUUGCCAUGAAGCGGCCAGCAUCUCUGACAAAGCUGAGUUUUGCCUACCUCAGGCGCUACCUACUGGCGCAGCGUAUGCUGUCUUGAUAUGUCGACCUUCGUGAGAGCCUGGAUUAUUGCUCCUAUAUCUAGAAGUACGAAGCCAGAGAUCAACUUUACCUUCAUGGCAUGUACAUAUCUGAUAGCAACAUAGAAUGACAACGGAGUAUGAAACUUGGG